UGCACUUUUCAUUCGUCGGUCAGUCGGUCCGGAACUCGGUAUGGUUUCUCGCGAUUUUUAAAGUUCGAAAUUUCUAUUAGAAUUUUGACGGGAAAAGUUGUUUCUAAGGAGUUAAAUGAGGCAAUGCGUUUUAUGAUGUCUACAUUUUUAAGUAGUAGUUUAAUGUGUCAGUAUGAUUGAUGCUACACACCAUGUUAAAAUGUUGAGUAUUCAUCCCGUAUUGGGUUCGCGAUUAAUCCUGAUAAAAUUCAAGUACGUUUGUGCGGAGUCUGAAAUUUUAAUUUGGAAUCGACUUUAAUCUGGAACUAACUCAACGGACGCAAGCAUUUGAGGGAGGGCAGCAUUUAGACGGAAGCACGCACUGUUCAAGAUGGGAGAUAAAGAUGCUGAAAAAUCCCACAUCGAGGCUGAAACUGAUGGCUCUACUGGAAGGAAAAUCAGCCGAUUCCGAUCAGCGCUUCCACAGCCAGUUUGCCCAUGUUAUGCCAACCGCUCGGAAGUGCACUAUCAGGGCUAAUCUCUGGACCCCUUGGGAGAAAAAAAUCCUUGAUGUUGGUAAAUAUCCCACAGAUUUUAGGUUGGCUAAUGCUGCACUCAGCAACCUCAGUCGAGAUCAUGUACCUAGCAGCUGCGAUCCAGGGCUUAGGUUCCGGGUUCAUGGAUGCGCCAGUGCUAACUUACGUGGGCGAAAUCUGUGAGCCAUCACUUCGAGGGAUCUUGAUCUCAUACUCCCUUCAGUUUUGCUCCGCGGGAUUUUUCCUCCAGUGCCUCCUUGGCAGUGUGACCACGUGGAGAAAUGUUGCAUUCAUCAGUUUAUUCUUUCCUGCCACAGCCUUUCUGUGCAUAUCUCAGAUUCCAGAGACUCCAAUGUGGCUGCUCUCGAAGGGCCGGACACGGGAUGCGGAGAAAGCGCUCUGCUGGCUCAGAGGCUGGGUGUCCCCGGAAGACGUGGCCGAGGAGUUUUCCCGACUCGUUGAGGCCAGUAACAACGCACAAUACCGCCACCAAACUGAGACGAAAAAGUCCGAAACAAAUUCUCAUCAAGGGAAUUCUCAGUCAAUAGUGACAUGUCCAAGCUCGAGACCUCCAAUCCCAGACCCGUUGGUCGAGCUGCAUUCACCUAAGCUCAGUUUCCGUGAGAAAGCCAAGGAUCUACUUCGGCCCGAGAUCUUAAGACCGAUGUUGGUCAUCAUGACGAUGAACUUCUUUUACCUGGGCAGUGGCUUUCCGGCCUUCAAGACCUACAUGGUUCUCCUCUUCCAGCGGAUUCGAGUUCCCAUGAACGCCAACUGGGCAUCGGUUUGCGUAUCAUCGGCAAUAAUCAUCGGUCACCUGGUCCUUAUGCUGGCCGUAAAAUGGCUGGGAAAAAGGAGGAUUGCUUUGAUCUCAAUUUUUUGCGUGGCCUUUUUUGACUUGGCGAUUGCUGUCCACGUUAAUUUCCAAACUGCAAUCGAGGAUGCAUUUGGAGCUUCCGCAAACUGGUUCCUUUUUUCCUAUUUCAUUAUUCUUACACUCACCGUUAGCUUUGGACUGGGGCCUGUUCCGUGGAUGCUCAUGAGUGAAAUCUUCCCUUUCAGGGGCCGUUCCUUCGCAAGUGGAAUUUGUGCUGCGUUAUAUUACAUAACCUCCUCCCUCAUCGCGAAGACGUUUUUGAGCAUCCUGAAUCUGCUUGGUGUGCCUGGUUCUUAUUGCUUGUUCGGCACAGUUGGCAUGCUUGGUUUCAUCUACGCCUAUUUGUAUCUACCCGAGACUGAGGGAAAAACUCUUGAGGACAUCGAAGAUAUUUAUAAACAUAGUCAUAGACAACGCCGAUAAAAAUAAACUGGUUACGAACGAA